CCGUAAACAUUACCAACGUAAACACAGAUCUAGAGUGUAAACACACGAGGAAAUUGCUUCAUUUCUGUUAUUGGAAAGACCACCAUGAGGUGUAAGAGAAGUUAAAGGGAAGCAAUUCAGACAGCUAGACAUGUCUGCCCUGUCUCCAGGGGUGAACCAUCUCAUCAACAACACCGGAAUCUGUCGUCAAGCCGAUGGACCAGGUCUUCUCAAAGGUUCUGGUCUGGUGGACUGGAAGGCCGUGAAGGUUGCACUUCCAGAUCCAUCAGGAUUCACUGAUGACAAACUGUAUUUUGAGAGAUGUGUUAGAUUACUGGCUCCGUUGUUUCUACAAUCCGAGAAUUACUUCUCCAAACUAACUUCAGCCGAGUAUGAUAACCAGUUAUCUCCCCUUACAUCAUGGACAGGUGUGCCAAGGGUACUGGCAGAGUGUUUUGACAUGCUUCGUUCACCAAAGGACAAAGGAAAUGAGGACCAAAUGUUGGUGAUGCUGAUCGUGACUUCUGUAUUAGAACGAUCCCUUGGAGAUGUGUACCUUACAAGAGGAUCUCAGUGUCCGUCCAUGUUGAAGGACCUACUACUUACUCCUGAGCUCUCACAGAUAUUUGGAUCAGCUGCUAUACAAACAUUACGUGUUGUAUUAGGGCCUCCUACUUCAUUGAACCUACGAAAUGUGGUAUGGCACGGCUUCCCCACCCCCGGGGAAAUACCACAAAGGUACACCUGGUUCCUGUUACUACUAGUGCCUAGUUUAGGGUCUCUACUGGGACAAGACACUGAUGUUGUACACAGGCCAUACACAGACUUUCCACAACUAGCAACUUACUGCUCUCAGUUCACAGAGAUGAAAGCACCAACUAAAUCGGAGAUAAUGCAGUUGUUUGAAAAGUCCAGCAUCAUUUCAAGGCGUUCCUUACCUGUGUGGUCGGCUUCACUGGACUGGUUCUAUAAAGGAAAGUAUGGAUACUUUGCUGUGUUAAUACUUCCACAACUUGAGCAUGCCAUGAGGGUUCUGUUUUCGGUGGUCAACCAUUGUCCAGAGCGAGUGCUCACGGCCGAGGCAACAACACUUUACACAACCUUUGACGAGAUUUUAGAUCCAUGUUUACCUUCUGGUCAGAAAAAUGAGGUUGCAGCUCAGUUAGGAGAGAAUUGUAUGGACCUCCUACUAGAUCUCCUGGAAUACCCAUCAGGCCCCAGGGUACGAGACAGACUCGGCCACGGGGAGGUGAAUCUCGGCUCAUUUCCUCAAACACUAGCUACAGUCAUUCUGGGUACAGCAGUGUAUGUCACAGCCAGAAGGGAGGCUACUCUGAUGUCACUUCCCAAGGCUUUCGGAACAUUAUGUGAUUAUCAGUCUCUAUUUCACCCUGUGACUUUAGUCAAACAGAAGAUCAACAGUGUCAUAGAACAAGUGGCCAAAUUGAAUGGUCAGAUUCACUACACCUUCCAUUUAGAACCCAGGUCGACAUUCCAUUACACUGAGCUGUGUAGAGAGGAACACCAACAGUUGGUUACCAUGACAACAGAGAUGGAAAGCCUUGUAGGGACUGUGUGUCAGAGGUGGAGAAAUAGCAGUGUUACUAAAGACAAGGUUAUCACUGGGUUGUUACAACCAAUGGAAGACGGUCAAAAAUUUGUGUCAAAAAUUUUAGCUAAGAAGAUAAGUACAUUGUACCGAUUCAACAGAGCCACGCCAAACAUAGAUGGAGCAUCAAACACCAAAGGUAGCAACAAUCCAAAAUUAGAUAAAACCAAACCAAGCUUAGAUGGCAUCACAUCCACCAGGAAUGAAGCAGCAUCAUCCAGAGAUGAAGCCAGUUCCGGAGGAGAGAAUGGAAGACAGAGUGAGGUGGUAGGUCUGUUACAGAGGAUCCUGGGGGAGUGUUUGUCAGUGGUCAGUCAAGUGGAGCAGGCAGUGAGUGACCGACAGACGCAGUUGGGGAACGGGAAACUCCGGCCCCGACAGGAAGAGAGUCUGCGUAAACUUAUCAACAGUUGCCCAUGUUUCCAUAUAUGCCUACAUUUUGUUGUGUUUCUGACCCUGUGGCAAAUCUACACCCUAGACACAACAUCAACUGAUGGGACCGGCAGAGUCAGAUUUUUAAAGGGAGUUCUUCAAUACAUGGAGAAACUACGAGUUCAUACAGGUGGUGAAAAGAGUAAAUGGAUUGAGGCCACAGAAUUAGGUACUAGCUUCAUGGACAAAGUUAAACAAUAUCUAGCUAAGUCCUGAUAUUGCAAUAGUGAUCAAAACCUUUUAUCCAGUCAAAGGGAGGCGGGAAAAAAUCGGGAUAGCUUCAUUUGGUUUACUUAUGUACCUUACAAGCAAUAAAACAGAACUGGUAUGGUCACAAGCAGUUUUGUCCAGGGUCACCGAGCAAAAUAUUGUGAUCCCAUAAAUGAUGCAGUACAUUGUGGUUGAUGCUGACUAGAUUAGUCCGGUGAUAACACAGGGAUUUGGCACCCCUUCCUGACCCAGGUCCAUUUAUAUACCAGGUAUGUGGAUGUAUCACAGUGGGUUGGGAAUUCGUGCCAAGUCCCUGUGUGUGAAAGGGGCGUCAACACCUCCGUCCUCACAUACAUAUGUACCUCAGAACCAAGUCUGACAACAAAUAAAGUGUAAGUUGACAGAAUCUAUAUAACAUUUAGAAUACACACAAUUGUCAAUGAUAACAUCAAUUUUUAUUUUCAUACUUUUAUCAACAUAACAAAAUAUUCAACAAAAUAUGCAAGAAGCAAGCAUUUCACAUCAGAAUAUGUAUAUUCAAAUUAGUUAAAAGACCUAUUGAGUAAACAGUUAUUUGCAUAAUGUAGAUGGAUUGUCUUCAUCAUACGCAAUAAUUUUAUUUUGAUUUAAACAUAAUUCAUUGCAAAAAA